CGAUGUUGCAGUGGUUUGCAUUGGCGUUCAUGCUGGUGCGGUCGCAAUUGUCAGGAGGCGCAUGCCUUCGCUCUAACGGCUUAUCUUCGAUGACAUCAUAUGGCCGCAACGGUCGACCCAAAUCUUCCAGCUUAUUCGACAACGACCAAGCAUUUGUUGCAACCCCAAUCCCAAACCAUUUUUUACCCUACAAUACACUAUCUAGCUAGCUAGCUAUCAUUGUUUCCGUAUACUGCCAACUUGUGGACAGGGCCCAGAGGCCAAUAUCAGAAUGAUAAGACGAAAACAAGGCAGCAAGGAUACGGCAGAGGCAGACGCCCAUGUACCAGUGACGAUUCCUCUGGGUGACGGCCACACCAUUGGUACAACGACCCAACCUCGUCGUCGACGGAAAAAGAAGACACAAGGAUUUGUACGAUCUUGUUUGGUGCGAUUGCGGAUUGUGAGUCCUCCCAGAAAAACGAUCGAGUCAGGACUGGCAGCUAGCCGUGCCAAAGGAGGGGACGGCUGUACUUGUUGCUCCCUUCUCAGUGGUUUCGUAGUGUUUCUUCUGCUGUGUCUCGGCGCCUACUAUGUCCUGUUGGAAGGACAGAAAUCCAAAAACUUGAUCAUUCGAUCCACAAACAACUUUCCAGAAGAGCUGGUGUCCGAAAUUUCGGAGAUCCGUUUAUCCAAGGAGGAGCAUGAUGCACUCCCCUUACUGCUGGGCAGAAACUCCCAGGAAGACCCAAACCAAAAAGAUGAUGAUGAUUCCACAGGAAGAGAAUUUCAGUACCCAAAAGAUCUAGGGCACAAAGAGCAAAAGGAGAUGGCAUAUGUAGACUUUGGAAGCAUUGACUUGAAGCUUCUGGCAAACGAUGAUCAAAAGCGACAAAUAUACAUCAUGGUUGAAGAUCUGCAGGGAGAAGCAAGGAGCCUCAACGAGGAGAGAGAUGAUGACUAUGAGAACUACUACUGGGGAUUUGAUGAUGACAUUGAGAGGAAUCCUUACACUCUCUACAGCAACUACAAUCCUUCGAUGGAAGGAAGGUGUCGCCGUGUUUCUUGGCACCGGUACAAUUUUCCUACUUGCAACUCCCUGCAUGAACUGGACCUGAUCACCAAUACGCCUCGGUUUGUUGGUGAUGGAGCCUAUCGUGAAGUUUUUGUCACAGAACAGCUAUACAUGGGCACCAUAGAAGAAACCAUUUUCAAAGAAUUGCGGUGGGACCUGGAUUAUGAAGCCGAUAGCUAUGAGUAUGUCCGAAUGGACGCCUUUGUGACUGAACGAUUCACCUCCCACAAACAAUUUGUAGACAUUUUUGGAUUUUGUGGUGUUUCCAUGCUUACAGAGUACUUUCCUUUUGGUGAUGUUGAAAAGGAUGUGGUUGGCUUCCAGCAUCACCGCAAGGACUUCAAUCCACUGAAAGAUGAAGUUCUCAAUCCACUCAACAACUUUACAGGUACUGAAAAACUGCAAUUGGCACUAAACAUGGUGGAACCAGUUGCAGCACUGCACAACUUCAAGGAUGGAGUUGUUGUACAUGACGACAUUCAGCUUUGUCAGUACCUAUGGACGGAAGAGAAUGGCAUUUCUGUCAAACUGAAUGACUUCAACCGUGCUGAAAUCAUGUUGUGGGACGAUCAAGCACAAAAGUACUGCAAGUACAAGAAUGGAAGAGGCCAUGGCGAUUGGCGUUCACCGGAAGAAUACAAAGAUCUCCCUCUUGAUGAGAAGAUCGACAUUUGGUCAUUGGGCAACAACUUCUACUCCAUUUUGACAGGUGUCUACCCCUUCUUCAACGUCGAGAAAGACAGGAAUAUUCAGCAAAUGAUAAAGGAUGGUAAGACGGCUGUCAUUGACCCACGAUAUGUAGACUCCUCAUUUGCAGAAGGGAAGCUUGUUGAAGUCAUCUUCCGGUGCUUCGAAUACGACCCUGAACUUCGAGCAGACAUCAACGAAAUCUGGCAAAUGCUCAAAGAUGCCAUAGCCGAGAACGAAUUAUGGGAGAAGGAAGCAGCGAAGAAAAAAGCAGAGGCCGAGCAAAAAGAAAAGGAAGAAGCUGAGCGGGCAGAGGGUGAACGACUUCGCAAAGAGGAAGAAGAAGCUCAAAAGCGGGCUGAAGCUGAACGGCUUCGCGAGGAGGAAGAAGUGGCACAGAAAAGAGCUGAAGCUGACAACCUUCAACAAGAGGCAGAAGAGGCUCUACGAAGAGCAAAAGAGCAGAAGGAGAAGGACGAAGCAUUGAAAAGGGCAUCUGCCCCGCGAAAGGAGCAAGAAGAAGUGGAGAAGCCCAAGGUUCAACUUGACGAAGAGAAAGUGGAGGAAGGGACCGCACAGAAGAAAGACAAGGAACCAGAGGUUGAACACCCCAAUCACGACAAAGCAAAAGGGAACGAGCAAAAACAGGCUAGCAAAGACCAGAUGGCUGGUGCUCAGGAAUCCCAGCCCAAAGAAUCUUCUCAGAAGGACGAAGUUUAGGUCUCGUGCUCGAGAAUACAAUAAGAGCGAGAGCACUGCAAUGAGAUUGUGCGCUGCAAGACAGAAUCCCGAAGUUGCGAAAGUCCAGAUAGUCCAUCCGCGGUGUGACAGAAUUCCAAUCUACGAGGAAAAUAGCUAUGGUAGAGCUGACAUUUUCCAAGGGUCGCAUUGGUCGCCCACAAACAGCUUCAAUGUUUUGGCUCAAACAAGGAAACAGACUUGGUUCUGACGUACUCCAACAUCCCUCCAAGCUCAGUCCAGUGGCACCCAACACCAUGGAUUCCCAUGGAUUCGAUUCAUCAUUCUGUGCAUCAUUGCUGAGUUUUCUUGGUGUGUUUUGUGUGCUCGACGUGGACCUCAUCAGGAUAAGGCACCAAUCUGACGAACUUAGUAUACGGUACUUCUGCGGUAAACACACUUUCAAUUUUUGAUCAAACAAAGAAGUGUUUUAGGCGUAUUUUAAAAAUUGGAAAGCGUUGGAUCGAGGAGUCCACUUCAUGCCGGUACCGGUACCAGCCUCUUGUCCGAAAGCUCCCAGAGUCGUUUGGCCACACCCCGGUCCAGAGCAUCAGGUUGCAGCUCGCUCUCACCACGCAAUGAGACCAACCGCGCUGGAGUGCCCAAUAAACUCUUGUCCGUCUUCCGUUGCACAAAACAGCAUGUGACCAGGAGCCAGUUCCUUCAGGAAGAAUAAAAUCUUGGUAUAUGUGACGAGAUUGGCUUCUCCCUUUCUUUCCAAGUUCCAUCCUCGAUGAUCCCAGAUGGCAAGCAAGUACCUGCAUCUCUGUGUCUGUUUUCCAGCCUCCUCGACGCGCCGCUGUCAGUUGCACUCCAGCAGCAUUCGAUGCGCCGAUAGAAAACCAUGCUGUCAGUGGUCGAAGAUGGAAGAUUAGGG